AAUUUGUAGGCGUGUCCAACAUUGUAAAAGUAAAUAAAAAUUCAUAACACAGAACUAACGCUCUCAAAUCUUGCAAAUUUUGUCAAUUUUGUUUGUCGCUCAAUCAUAUCAAUGGAUUGAAGUUUUUCUUUGAAUUUAUUCACGAUGAAAUAGAAAUUAAGAAUGUAAGGAUGCAUCUUGACCUUAACUUUCGCCCGUUUCCCUGCCAACGCAGAACUUCAACGUUCAAAGCACAUUGAUUUGCAAUAAGAAGUUUUAGUGGAAAUGAGGACCAAGAAUUUUGUCGUCCUCUUGGUUUGCAUCAUUUGCACCAGUGUGUACCUGUGUUUGUUUGGAAGCCAACGACCGACCAUCGAGAACAUAGUUUCUCAAACGCACAAGCAACUCAACAAUUUGAAGUCAUUCAAAGAAAAUUUGAUCGACAUUGAGGAAAAAACUUUGGAAGUAGAUCCGAAAUACUUAAACCUAGUCGGGCUACAGAAAGACACACCGGUAAAAUACUACCCAUCGAGUGCUUGGACAAACUCCAGCUUGCCUGUCAUCGUGACAUCUGUGACAUACGACGAGGAAUUUGAUGCGAUCGGGUUUGUACGUAACGCACACCAUUUUGCACCAAAUCAUACAGUGAUGGUGUACAAUUUAGGGCUGGGCCAAGCAGAGCUGGAAAAUGUUUUAAGGCAUUGUAAUCACUCUAGAUGUGUUGUCAUUAUGUUUGACCUCAGGCAGUUUCCAUCUCAUGUUGAUGAUAAUAAAUUACAUGCAUACAGACCACUCAUCAUUGCUGAUGCAGUAAUCAGGGCUGGUGCGGUCAUUUACAUGGACAGUGACCAGCGUCUAACGAGCGGCCGUCUCAGCUCUCUGCUUGCGCUGGCCGAAAAGGGAGGUGGCGUCGUGAGCUGGCCCACAAGACACGCGACCUCCACUCUGACCCAUCCCAAGAUGUUUGAUUUUUUCCACACAACGCCUGACAAUUUCCUCUUUGUGCCUAUGGUGCUUUCCUCCCGUCUAGUCGUUCUCAACACAAAACUUGUGCAAGACAAGUUCCUCGUGCCGUGGGUACAGUGCGCACUCACCGCUGAAUGCAUCGCCCCCGUAGGCUCUCAGUCGUCUGGUUGCAGAUUUGACAAGAAACCGCAGUACCGGUACUCAGGGUGCCACCGGUAUGACAAUUCCGCUCUCAACCUGGCACUGGCCCUGGCCUUCAACUUUGACGACUCAAAGUACUCCUACUCGGGGAAGGAGUCAUUCUUCAGGAUAGCAAAGAGUAGUUCGGAAACAACUGCAAAUUUAACGGAUGUGUUGGACAAUUGAGUCUUUUUUAAGUAAUUUAAUUUGUGGUCACUAGAAAAAUUUACUUGGAAUUUCCUUCAUUACAUUCUAUUUUCUCUUUGACCAUCGACUGAUGACACCGAAACUCUAAAUGAUUAUGACAAAAUUCAGUGUUGUCCUAGUUUGCUAAAUUCCCUUGUAAUUUCCCUUUUGCGUCCUGUAAUGGGCAGCUGAAAAUUCAUCAUUUUUAAACACUAUUGUUCAGCAUCAUUUUGCACUUUCAAAAAGUGCACGGUACUGAUUUUCGUAAACUAAAUUUGUGAUUCUGUAUCUCCUUUGAAUCUUGAUUGUACAGUGUGAAUUUCCAACAAUAGUCGUAAGGAAUCUUACCGUUUCAAGCUCACUUUGAAAGUGAACUCCAUUCACUAUGGAGCUCAUUUAUAAGAAACAUUUUUGCACAACAAAUUUCAUAAUUUUAUUUUCAUUGGAUAAAUAUGUAAAUUAGUCGUGAAGAAGUGGAUUUCAGGAAUAAUUAUUCAUAUUGAUUGGAUUGAUAUUUCGGCAUUUAAUUCUACAAUUUCAAAUUGUUGGAUUUGCUUCAGCCAAUUAUUAAAUUAUUUUUGCUCUCAACAAAAAUUUAGUUCAUCAAUUGGAGACCCAAGACGUGAAAGAGAACAAAUUGUGAAAAAGUGAUAAAAUGAUAAGAAUUAAUAAAGAUAAAUUAAA